UGGCCUGCACUUACCUUCUCAGGUGUGCAUUGCCGAGAUGCAGAUAAAAGGGUACACUCUGUUCGCUCGGCAUUAGCAUUUUCAUCGGGAGAUAACGCGACGUCUUCAUCUCCUCGACGGAGAUCAGCGUGGACAAAUUGGACGCCAGAAGUGCACCUCGUUCGCCCCCUCGAGGAUGCAUCCUGGAAAGGGAGUCGAGAUCGGAAAAAUAGAAUGCAGGAUUUCCUUUAACCCACAUAGGACGAGAUUCCAUGAGCUUAUACGCGCAAAACAGGCGGCGAGGAAAUAAGAAAAAAAAUAAAGAAAAAGCAGGAAAAGAGAAGGAAGAGUCGCGAAAAGCCCCCGGUGGGCGUAGAAUAUUUAUGGCACGUUUGACGGCAAUAAACGUCAUGUCUUCGGGUGGCUUCCUAAGGAAACCGAGAGAUCGGUUACGGCUAGUGUAAUGAAAGAAAUGGACAGAGACCACAGAGAUCUGCGUGAUCACGCCGUUGUGAACGAGAACGAGACCGAUCGCAAGGUGGGAAUGGAUUUCCGAGGCUUGUCCCAGCAUCCUGGAAUGGACCACGGGGGUGACGGCGACGCGGAGAGCGACAUGGACGUAGAUCAGAGGGAACUUACGGAGAGCAUGUUCGACGACAAGGCGGAACGCAAAUUGGCAAGGGAUUUUCACGGUCUCGAACAUCAUCCAGCCACGGCCCAUUUGCAUAUUGCGAGCGAACAGCUUAGUAAUGUCGAUGCGGAGGUGAAGUUAUCCAGAGACGUACGAGGCUCGCUGGGCCUGGGCCUGUCCUUAGAGCUCUGCGUCGUGUGCGGCGACAGGGCGAGCGGUCGACAUUACGGUGCAAUAAGUUGCGAAGGUUGUAAAGGCUUCUUCAAGCGCAGUAUUCGAAAACAGCUGGGCUACCAGUGCAGGGGCAGCAAGACCUGCGAAGUUACCAAGCACCACCGAAACCGCUGCCAGUACUGCAGACUCCAAAAGUGCCUGGCGAUGGGAAUGCGCAGUGACUCUUGGGGCGUUGCAGCGGUGCAGCACGAACGGAAACCUGUGCUGGGAGACACCGCCGGCACCAAAGUCGGCCCACGGAGUCCACGGGUCAAGCCGGAACCGCAGCAACCCGCACCGGAAGUAGCACCAGCCUGGGAACAACCCGAGAGUCCCAGCGUCGAAGACCAAAGCAGCGACAGUGACCUCAGUGACGCUUUAACUUUAGCUCGGGAACGUUUACUUAUCUCCCACGCGUUGGACAAUAUGGCUAAGCUCAUUGGAGACAGCGUCAAUGGGUCCGGUGAACCCGAAGAGGAAUGGACAGGACAGCUCUUGUCCGAAAGGCACACGGUGUUCGAGCUCAGGGCACCUAGUCCAGCACCCGCCUACUUGUCGAUACAUUAUAUCUGCGAAAGUGCUGCCAGAUUGCUGUUCCUCUCGGUGCAUUGGGCCAGAGGAAUCCCUGCCUUCCAAGCCUUGCCUUCCGAAGUGCAAACCACGUUGGUGCGCAGUUCCUGGGGCCAGCUGUUCACCUUAGGCCUUGCCCAGUGCGCGUACACCCUGUCGCUCCCUAGUAUUUUAACUUCGAUAAUAAACCAUCUCCAGGCGAGCAUCGCCCAGGAGAAGAUCACCGCCGGCAAGGUGAAGUCCGUCACGGAGCACAUAUGCCGACUGCAGGACUGCAUCAGCUCUUUGCAUAAAUUGCAAGUGGAUGCUGCGGAGUAUGCGUACCUUAAGGCUUUGACCCUCUUCAGUGCUGAUAACGUAUUAGCUGGAGUAUGGCGCAAAAAGGUAGAGGUCUUGCAAGAAGCCGCAUGGAACGAAUUGCAACAACGCGUCGGGUCCGACAGGUUACCUCGUCUAUUGCUCAGGCUGGCGCCUCUUCGUUCCAUUAAUCCCAGAGCCCUGGAAGACCUCUUCUUCGCGGGACUUAUUGGCAGGGUAAGCGUCGCGAGUGUAGUGCCUUACAUUCUUACCAUGCAAGACUGUAAAACUGAACCUGAGAGCCAAAUGGGGUGACAGCUGUUGCUCGUGCAAUGUAAAUCGUGACCUAAGAGCAUAGUAUUUACAAUUUAGUGAUGGAUGCUGUUAUACCUUUCGAUGUCAGGGUACCGCCAGUAGCUUUUUCCUCUUUUUUUUUUUCUUUUCAAAUCAUACCGUUUCCCAGUAUGUUCCGAUUGGUGCAAUCAAAUCAAGUGUAAUCAAAUAUCACCCAGGUGACUUGGAGCAGUGUCGGUAACUGGUACAUGUUUUGACAAUUGGCCCGCUUCAUUAUUCGACUGCUUUGCAACCUUUUUUUUUCUCUCCCUGUUCUACGUGACCAGAGGGCGUUUAUCCUGUGGAAAGUUAGGUGUUCUCCAUCGGUUUCUAAUCUGCGUUCUUCCGGUAUUGUCUCUUAUUAUUAGAACGUUAAACAGUGCUUGGACAAGUUCGCGGAGACGUUCACGAAGUUACACAUUGAGAUAGGUGCUUUAGAUUAGUUUCUUUAGGCGUCGGUUUCAAAGGAAUUGCAAGGUUGGCUCGACUCGGUAUGGCUGGGAUGAUUUCUGUUUAAUUCGGUGCAAUCUGUUACGAGAAAUUAAGCCGGGGGGGGAGCAAGAUAGUAAACGCAAUAAACGUCAAGAAAUGCCGUGAUAACUAACUUAAUAACCUUUUGGGAUUUUAUAAUAUCGAGAGAGAGAAAAUAGAGAGAGGACUUACGAACAGCAAGGAAUUGAACGAUCCCAAAAUUGUCCCCUGAAAAUGAUCUUUUAUAUGAAAUUAUAAAAAUAAAUAGUAUUCAUUUAUAAUUUGUUAUUACGUAGUCGCGUAAUGGUAGUUCAUGCUCGAUGUUUUGCUCGAAUUGGUAUCCACCACUUGCCUUUUCAAUGCUCUUAGAACUUGUUAUACACAAAACUUUCCAAAGACUUCUCUGGAGAACGUCGAUAUACAGCACAGAAGGUGAUUUACAUUAGCGUAUCUUACUGCUCCUGAGUAUAAGCGAAGCGUACUGACGAAACAGUUGGAUAUUCGGAUAAACUGGAUAUGAGACCGGUCAUCGGAAAGUCGCUUCGGAAAGUCUUGUAUAUUGAUAGCUCCUAAAACACCCUUGAGGCGACGGUAUCAUAGGAAUACGCUCGACAAUGAAAUAAUUAUCUGAAGGUGAUACUUUGGAUGCCUAAUUGAAUUAAGGAAUUAGAUCGACCCUGUUCUCCUCGAUAUUUCAUACCGUUUGGCCUCGACACGUGAUCCCAGUUAAUAUCGUCGGAAGCAUUGAAGCCUUCCACACUUGUUCGAAAGACGACAAUAUAAAAUGUACUUUUUUUUUUCUUUUCUUUUUCUUUCGUGAGAGAAGCGUGAAUACUUAACGUAGGCUUAGAGAAUUUUAAUAACUGUACAUGCGUUUACUUAACUACAUGUAAAUGUAAUAUUUUAUUGUUAACUGUAAUGACAUAUUAAUUACCGUAUGCUACCAAUCACUGUUUCGACUAGAAGUACGUUAGCUUCGAAGGAAAUUACGUGGAAAAAGUAUUGUCAGCCCGCCGAUACAAUUCAGGAAAUCCAACUCGUACUCGUUGACUCCUGAGAAUGCAUUGUACGUGGUCGUUACACGUAAUUUGCAUAUCGAUCUUUAAAUUCUUAUGCGGAUCUUAAUUUAAUUGCAUCAGUUCGCGUUGACCAAAUUAGAUUGACAUAAAGACACAAAGUCAAACCUUAUAAAAACAAUUAGUCGUUAUUCGUGCGGAAUGCAUUGAUGUUAGUUGCGUUACGUAUGUAAAUUACGACUGCAACAUUCUUGCGGAAGUUAAAACCUUUAGAGGAGAAGAAAGAAAAACAAAUAGAUGACAAAUUUAUUCCACAUUCCUGAAUUUACGUAAAGUGUAUAACUUACGUUUUAGAUUGUGGUCAAAAGUGCUAACUUUAAAUUCGUUUACAUAAAAUUUUAUGUAUCAUAAUUUAAACGCAUCUCGCAUGAAUGAAAUGCGUUACGCAAAUUGGUUUAUGCUAAAGUGAUACAAAUUUGCGGUUAAUGCAUUCAUCCAGAUUACAGUUUUCAUUAUGGACAUGUAGAGAAUAGGUCUCAUUCGCAUUUGAUAUCCACUCGUCUUAGACACUGAGAUGCCUAACUUGAGUAAGUGGGUAUUUAUUGAAGAUGUAUUAAGUAUGAAAUUAAUAUUAGAAGUAUGUAUAAAGGAAAAGUUCUACAGCCAGUAUUUUUUGGACGGUUGUCGAAGUUUUUAAGGGAUGAGAAUAGAGAUAUGAAUUAUUAGUCGUGUAUAAAAGAGUUUUACGCUUAAAUCUAUAUAUUUGAACACCAAUUUAGCGAUUUCUGACGUAUCAAUAACUGGUUAAAUCAGAUGUUAUUAGCGUGUUCAUAGAUUUCUCUUUUAAAUAUGAUAGGAUUUAAAGUUAUCCUCGUUCCGUAUCGGGGGAUUAUUUUGUAAUUUAGCGAGCAUUUUUUUUUUUUCACAAAAAAUGAUGUAUCAAUUGUUUGCGAAACUGUUCAAAUUGGAGUGCAAGAAUUGAUGCUUUUACAUGCGUUUAAUGACGAUCAGUGGCAUAGAGUUGACAUUUAUGUCUGCCAUUGCAUCAGGGCAACGGAUAAUAAAUAAUUCAUAAGCGUUAAGUACCUUCUUAGGUAUUGUUCAAGGGAAAACUGCAAUGUACAUAACAAAAUGUGCCUAUAUAAAAACAAAUAUUUAUAUUAACGAUAAUAAUUUUGUAAUUAAUAUUAUACAUAUACCAGUAACGAGAAGUAAAUAAAGUACGAGAUUAUCAGAGCUA